AUGUCAAAUAAACGGAUAGAACAGGCAGAGGUAGAAAAGUACUGGGAAAUUUUCUCUCCUCUAGCCAAUGGUGGAACCCACCUGAGCGGAGAUCAAGCAGCUUCCGUACUCAAGAACAGCCAGCUCCGAGAGGAUCAACUCGCGAGAGUCUGGGACCUCGCAGACGUCGACAAUGAUGGAAACCUCGAUUUUGAGGAGUUUUGCGUGGCCAUGCGGAUCAUCUUUGACCUUGUGAAUGGCGAAUACGCAGACGUUCCCUCCUCACUUCCUGACUGGCUCGUUCCCGAAUCUAAAGCUCAUCUCGUCCAAGCAACCCGUGCCCUCUCCGGUAAUCAACCCGCGUUCUCCCCCAUCUCACCCUCCGAUGACGACGACGACACGCCGGGCCUCAAAGACGGCUUCGACUGGUACAUGUCACCCAGUGACAAAUCAAAGUACGAGUCAAUAUACACAGCAAACAAAGGCCCACACGGCGCCCUCACAUUCCAAUCUCUCGAAUCCCUCUACGCCUCACUCGAUGUCCCAGACACAGACCUCCGCUCUGCAUGGAACCUGGCAAAUCCAGCUUCGGAACCAGCGAUAGGGAAGCAUGCGGCGUUGGCAUUCUUACACAUACUAAACAACAGACACGAAGGCUACCGCAUCCCGCGCUCCGUCCCCGCCUCGCUUCGCGCCACAUUCGAGCAAGGCCAAAUCGACUACAACCUUGAGAACAGGAGCGUCAAAUCAAGAUCGCCCGCUCAGCGCCGGGGCUAUGAGGAUGAGGACACGAGUACAGGGCGCAAAGCCAAGUUUGGGGAUACGUACCUCAGCCGGCUGGGUGUGGGCGGGAAGAGCACUUAUCAACCUUCUGGCACAGAUUUCAGUAGUACACGUACGACUGAGGACUGGGAAGAGGUGAGGCUGAAGAGACAACUUCAAGAUCUGGAAAAUAAGAUCGAUACGAUUGAAUCGAGAGCGAAGGGCAAAAGCGGACGGAAAAGGGAAGAGGAAAGUAAGCCGGCGCUUGUGAAGAGAGAGCUGGAAAUGCUGUUGGAUUAUAAGCGGAAAGAGAUCCGAGAAUUGGAAAGGGGCGAGGGCAGAAGUAAGGCUGGUGAGGCUUUGAAAGGAGUGGAGAAUGAGAUUAAGGGGGUUAGGGAGAUGGUGGAGGGAUUGGAAGCACAUUGGAAGACGAGAGAGGGAGUACUGGACGAUCUGAGGAGGCAGAUCGAGGAUGAAAAACAUUCUGGCAGGUGA